AAACCAUUUUUAAUUCCGUUUUUAAAUGGUAUCCAGGUCAAAAUUAAUUAGUUUUUAUAAGGUUAAUCGUGAGAUUCAUGCUGACAUAAUUUGACGAAAUUUGGUGCCAUGGUAACUCGACGUGCCUUGAAUCAAAUAUUUUCGAUAUCAAAGCUUCCACGAUUGCGUGGUUAUUAUUUACUGCCUUUUUCAGAAUCGCUGUCUGAGAAAAUACUACAUGUUCUAAUCAGUUUUCGACUUUUAAGGAGUACAUUUUUGGAAAAGAUGGGCGAUAAAAGUGAGUCGCAUGAAGAUGUGGUUAAAUCUGUCUACGAAAUUCGGAAAAAACUGGCCAAAGAAUGGAACAUCGGACUAGCCAGAAACUACGACAAGGUGGAUGAAUUGCUAAACCAGGCCAAGAUACUGUUGGCUAAAAUGCAGUCUUACGUGCCCUUGGCGUUGGCUGAGGGAGAAGCUAGAAAUGAGCUUACCCUUGCUUGUGAUAUUCUCGAGCUGGGUGCCCGAGUGAGCGUUGCAAAAAUGGCUGUGGAAAAAAGUGACAAUUCUGAGGAAUUUGACCGCUACAUCGCCCAAUUGAAACAUUAUUAUUUUGAUCUGAACAUAGGCAAUGAGUCCGCCUAUAUGUAUGAAAUGCUUGGAAUGAAUCUCUUGAAACUCUUGUCGCAAAAUCGCAUCAUGGAUUUUCACAUCGAGUUGGAGCUAUUCGUACACUCAAAUACGGAGAAAGCCUUAAAUGAUCCCUACAUCAAAAAAGCUGUAGAAAUUGAACAAUAUUUAACCGAAGGCCGAUACAACAAGAUUUCAGCCUUGCUCACUACUAAGGAAGACGAUCUAAAAGUGACCGGUUUAAAGUCCACAAGUUUUCGAUAUUUCAUUGAGCGUGUCGUGGAGAAUUCCAGAACUAUAAUUGCUGAUGUGAUGGAAAAGGCCUACGCUCGGCUGGACAAGAAGUCUGCCUCGAAAUCUCUUUACAUAAGCGAAGUAGAUAUGAACAAAUUUGCUAAAGAGCGAAACUGGACAAUUGCUGACGACUACGUGUAUUUCCCCAAGAAAAAUGAGGAGACCGAGAUCCUUCCGUCAUAUCAACUCGUUCAAGACGGCUUACAGUACGCCAGGGAUUUAGAUACUAUCAUUUGAAAAGUUUCCACACUACUCGAACCAAUUUCACUUGUUAUAUUCUUGUAAUAUGAAUACUACCAACCAGAAGUAUGUAUAUACGAGAUAAAAUUCGAAAAUACUUUUAAAUGAAU